CAGUCAGUUUUGUCAGAAAACGGGUAUUCGUUAAAUUAGAAAAAAAGUAUAAAAACCAAGUAGCUACAGAAAAUGGUAUGAAAUAUAAAAAAAAAUGUUGAAAGCUGCCCUACAAAAACGACCUAGUGACAAUUUUUUGUCGUUAACAGGGGGAGCGCUAGUGAGUUUGACCUAUACCUACCAGGCCAAAUAUCCUUGUCGGUCUAUAACAUUCGCAAAAAUCUGAACAAUUGUAUUGACAGCUGUCAUUGCCAUGCUGCAUGCCAUGCCUUACCAUGCCAAUGUCAAUCCAUUGCCAAUGCCAUUGUUGAACUUAAAAUUGAAAUUAAAAACUAUUCCCUAUCCGAUUUCAAACAUAGAGGAUAGCACAUUAUUUGAUGUUUUAUGUGGAUUUCAAAUCGCACUUUGAAUACUUGCAGUCGUUUUUUGUCGUAAAUAGUAGUUUAGCUAAUUAAUAAGUUGAACAAGAUUGUUGUUUCGGUGUUUUUUAAUUACUUUAUAUGUGAGAAAUGUUAUGCUUUCUAAAGAACAGUUUUUCUCGUUUAACGAAAUUAUAAAACAUACUAAGAUGUAAUUUAUAAUGCUAUAAAUAAAAUUAGUUAAUUUGCAAAUUUUCUAAAAUGUCCAGUAAAGACGCAAAAAUAUAUGUCUGCAAUCAUGCUGGUUGUAACAAUAAAUACAAUAGACCAUAUAGACUAGAACAACACUUGCUAAGUCAUUUAAAUAUAAAACCUUUUCAAUGCUCAUGGGAUAAUUGUAAUAAAGUUUAUUCAAACAAAAGUCAUUUGAAUCGUCAUAUAGCAAGUGCGCAUGAAAAAGAAAAAAAGAACAUUAUAUACAGUUGUCCAGAAUGUUUUAAAACUUAUUCAAAUAGACAAAAUCUAAAGAAACAUAUAAGACAAAAACAUGUGGUUAAUUUACCAUUUGUGUGUGAUUAUUGCAAAGCACAAUGUAGGAAAAAGCAUCAAUUGAGUGCUCACAUGCAUAUGCAUAAUGGAGUUAAAGCAUUCAGCUGUGAAAUAUGUUCAAAAGAAUUUGUAACACUCUAUGAAAAGAAAAGACAUAUGAGAUGCCACAAAACAUAUACCUGUGAUGUAUGUUCCUUCACAUUUAAUCAAUGGUCCAGGUAUCAAAAACAUAGAAAAUCAGAACAUUGUGCCAAAAAAUAUAUUUGUGAUGAAUGUGGAAGAGCUUAUACUCAAAGGAUUCAUAUUAUCCGACAUUUAAAGAUUCAUUCUAAUUCUGAAAACAUAAGAAGAACAUUUGCCUGCCCUUAUUCUAACUGCUUCAGGCGGUAUUCAAGAAACAGUAAUCUGACGCAACAUAUAUUAGUAAAGCAUAAAAAAAUCAAACAUAUUUGUAACAUUUGUCAAGCAGAAUAUAGCAGUCAGGCAAAACUAAAUGAGCAUCUGAUAGUACAUGAAAAUGGAGUUGUGCCUAAAAGAAAAGUAAAAUCUUUAGCAACUGGACGUAAACAACGAAAGGAUAAGGAUACCUUAAAAGUGACGACUGCACUUAAACUAGCUGGAUUAACUGAAACCGACCUUAAUGAAUGUAAAAUAUUGAAAGAUAGACAGUAAUAAAAAUGACUUAAUUAAAAGAAACGUUAAAUAUUGA